AUGAAGCAUAACGAUCAUGAAGAAUACCAAACUCAAUUGAGUGAUAGCCCGACAUCAAGGGGGAGUGACAGCAGCCCUAGGGUGAAUGAUCUACUGACACGAAUUCUUGAGAAAGUUGAAGGCUCUGAUGAUUUGCUAAAGGGAAUGAGAGAUGACUUUUCUUCGCUAAAUAGUAAGGUGAACUCUCAUGCUAAUGCCAUCAAGACGCUGGAAGGUCAGUUGAAUCUCCUAUCAGCCCAACUAACAACCAAGAUGCCAAAGGAAAAUGAGGAAGAAGAGCUGGCUAUAGUUACCUGUAGUGGGAAGGUAGUGAUAGGUAAUGAAGAAAAAGAACGUGAGGAAAAUCAGGGUGGGGAAGAAGCAAAAAUUACCUAUCAUCAAAACCUCGACAAGAAAGCACAAGAAGGAAUGAAUCAGCACAAUGAAACUCCAAAAAUAAUACGACCCUUACCCAAAAUACCUCCACCUUUUCCCCAGCGUUUGAAAAAGAAGAAUGGAGAUGAGAAGUUUAACAAAUUCUUUUCUGUGUUCAAGAAGUUGUCCAUCAACCUUCCUUUGGUGGAAGCAUUGCUGGAGAUACCAGGGUAUGCUAAAUUUAUGAAAGAGCUAGUUACCAAGAAGAGGAUCUUGGAUUAUGAAACGAUUGAAGUGCCUCAUAGUUGCAGUGCGAUCAUGACAAAUGAGUUAAUCACUAAAACAGAAGAUCCUGGUGCUUUCACCAUCCCGUGUACUAUUGGAAUGCUCCAAUUUGCCAAGGCUUUAUGUGACCUAGGAGCAAGCAUCAACCUGAUGCCAUACGCCAUAUACAAGCAACUGGAUUGGGAGAACCAAAGGCCAUUCUUAGCAAUCGACAGAGCAUUAGUGGAUGUUGAAAGCGGCAAGUUGAAAUUCCGUGUGAAUGACGAUGAGGUAACUUUCAACAUAUGCAAAUCCAUGAAACAACCAAGUGAUAGCCAUGUAGUGUCUACUGAAGAUGUUAUAGAUGAGGCAGUGGCAAGUGUGAACCAUAUGCUGCGCAAGAAUGAGCCUCUUGAGUUAAUACUUGCAAAUCACGACGAAUCAGAAAUUCAGGAAUAUGAUGAAAUGAUCGCAGCCCUAACAGGGUUAGGAGCAUAUGCACGAAAUCCAAUUAAGUUGGAUAUCGACCUAAAAAACCGAUGCAGCCCACCUGCAAAGCCAUCAAUUGAAGAGCCGCCAACUCUAGAACUAAAAGUACUCCCAUCCCAUCUCAAGUAUGUUUUCUUGGGAACUAACAACACUCUGNCGAUCAUGGCAAAUGAGUUAAUCACUAAAACAGAAGAUCCUGGUGCUUUCACCAUCCCGUGUACUAUUGGAAUGCUCCAAUUUGCCAAGGCUUUAUGUGACCUAGGAGCAAGCAUCAACCUGAUGCCAUACGCCAUAUACAAGCAACUGGAUUGGGAGAACCAAAGGCAACUACAAUGA